ACUCUUUUCUCGAUCAAGAAUUCUUUGUGAAAUUGUGUUGGGUGAUUGUUUGCCGGCCGCUUGUGGGUGUUCACAGAACAAAAAAACUUUAUUCAAUUUAAUGGUGUUUUGUACUUAGUGUCGUUGCUAUCAUUGUCAGCCAGUGUGUAUGUGGAAAUUCGAUUUCGACAUGUUACAAACAUUUCCUGUAUGAAUGUGGCGAGCGGCAGAGGAGCAAGUACAGAAUCCGAUUAAGCUUUUAUUGCUUUCUAUUACUUGCGGUACACGAUCAAUUAGUGGCGAGCAUUAGUAACGCGCAUCACACACUAUUUCCCGGUGUAUUUGCAUACCCGAUCUUCGGUCAUCGGCUUCCUUAAUUAGUGACUAAUUGCUAAAUUCUAUACGAAAUUGACUUGUUAUCGGUGUACGGACUCCAAACUAUACAUUUUAGUUUUAUUUAGUGAGUGAGCGAGUUCGAGUAAAAUUGCAUUCAGGUACUAAUUACGACACCAGGUGUUUUCGCGAAUCACCAAGUUUCACGAUCGCACUGAGGAAAGUGAUAAAACAGUUUUACCUGUGUGGAAUGAGGCGCGAACAAAAGCUGCGUCCACGAUAAUUCAAACAAUGGAACAGUUCCUUAUGCGAUCGCGAACAUUAUAGGCGACAAAGUGAGUGAUUUCUUGUCAGUGGUGCUCCUGGAAGGCAGUGGUCAGUGCUCAGCGGUUUAUAUGAUACCGGAUCAGACGAAGAGACGACAAAGAUACUUCCAAUAUGUCGAACAGUGCAUACAGUAUGGAGGCGCAAGUUAAAGUGGAGGACCUCCCAAUGACAUUUAAGGUCAAAUACAUCGGAAGCGAAGUUGGACGUGGCUUAUGGGGAAUCAAGUAUACAAGAAGACCAGUAGAUUCCUUAGUUGAAGCAGCGAAAAAUCUACCACCAAACAAAGUGUUACCUUUCUGCGAAUUGACCGUUACAUUGGACGGAGUGAAUAUUGAAAUAGUAAUGCCAAAGACAGACACCCGAUCUUGGAGCUACCCCAUCGAUACGAUCUCUUACGGCGUUCAAGAUCUCGUGUAUACCCGCGUAUUUGCAAUGAUCGUCGUCAAGGACGAUAAUCGCAAUCCUUUCGAAGUGCAUGCAUUCGCCUGUGAUAACCGAGCAACAACCAGGAAGUUAACAUUUGCCUUAGCUGCAGCUUUCCAGGAUUAUUCCCGACGGGUUAAGGAAGAUGCCGAACGAAAUAACACUAUUGCACCGAUACAAAAGAAGUUUGCUAUUGACCUUCGUGAUCCCGAAGAAAUGCAGGGGGAAGAAGAGGAGGAAACCGAAGCAUAGCUUCAAUACAAUAUCCGUUUGAAAGAUUCGAAAGGACUCCUUGAGAAUUCAUAUUUUAAUGUGUAGAUAUUUAAGUUCGCCCAUACAGCAUCAUUCCAAAUAGAAACGUCGCAAAAUAUGCCUUUUAUCCUUUUGUAUAUAAGUAUUAGUGUUGCGAUGAGUUUUUCUCUGCGAUUUGACUACCGUUAUGGUUCUAUGCAGUUUCAUAAUAAUUUAGUGGAAUUUUAUUUGAUUGUUUGUGUUUGAUCUUACAAAAUGCAAUUUGUGUGAUAUACUAGUCUUACGGACUCCAUGAGAUAGUAAUGAUAUUCGUUUUAUCUCUGCUAGCAUUCAGGACACUUUGAAAACGAUAUAUGAAUACUUUAUAAGAUUUGUGUGGAACAUGAAACCAGUUUGUAAAUAUAUAGAAUAAUAACGUUGCACAGUGAAAGCAUA